AUGCCUGGGUAUGCAAAUAUGAUGAAGGACUUGAUGUCCCGCAAGUUCGACUAUCAAGACUUGGACACGGUUACACUGACUCAAACAUGCAGUGCUGUUGUGACGAGACUCAUAGCCAAGAAGUUUUCUGAUCCAGAGAGUUUCACAAUCCCUUGCACAAUAGGAAACUUUGCUUUUGCUAAGGCACUGUGUCAUCUGGGAGCUAGCAUAAAUCUUAUGCCACUAGCCAUCUACAAAAGGCUAGGCAUUGGAAGACCUAGACCCACGUCUAUGUUAUUACAACUGGCUGAUCGAACCGUUGGGAAGUUUGUAUUUCCAGCAGAAUUUGUCAUCCUUAACUGUCGGGUUGACGAGGAAAUUCCCACAAUUUUGGGAAAACUGUUCUUGUCCAAUGGGAGAGCCUUAAUUGAUUAUGAAACUGGAGAGCUCAAGAUGAGAUUAAACGAUGAAGAGAUAACAUUCAAUGUGCAAAAAUGCGGAGACCAAGUGAAUUUGCUAAUUGCUCUUUAA